GCUAUCUACUAGGACAUUAACUGGAUAUUCGUAUAGCGGUUCUUGAUAAUGAAGACGUGUAAUUUUCUAUCUUUACUCACAUUUUUACUCCUCAGUUGCAAUGGUACUUUAGCUUUAUUAAGGUCUAAACCUAAGAAGAUUGUAACUUGUUAUGUCGGUUCCUGGGCCACUUACAGACCGAAUAAUGGAAAAUUUGGAGUCUCGAAUAUUAAUCCAAAUCUUUGUACUCAUAUUAUAUAUGCGUUCGCUGGAUUGAAUAGCACAUCGUGGACCAUUAGAAGCCUCGAUCCUGGUUUAGACAUUCAGGAUGGGAUCGGUAAUUACAAAAAGAUAACAAAUCUUCGGCAGAAAAAUCCUCGAUUGAACAUUCUACUUGCAAUUGGAGGAUGGAAUGAAGGCAGUAAAAAUUACUCCAUGCUUGCCUCAUCUCCCGAACGAAGGAAUAUAUUCAUUAACAGUGUCGUGAAUUUCCUUAAAAAAUAUGGUUUCGAUGGACUAGAUCUUGAUUGGGAAUAUCCUGGAUCACAGGAAGGUAUGAGAGAGGACAAAGAAAACUUCGCCUCUCUUGUAAAGGAAUUAAAAGAAGCAUUCAAAGAGUCGAACUAUUUAUUAACAGCAGCUUUAAGUUCUAAUAAAGAAAUCAUCAAUAAGGGUUACGAUAUACCGAAAAUUUCCAAAUAUCUUGAUCAUAUGUAUGUAAUGGCUUAUGAUUAUCAUGGUUCAUGGGAUAAAAAAGUACUUCCAAAUGCACCACUAAAAAGUGAAGACAGUCAGGAUGUGAUGGACACACUUAAUUAUUUAUUAAGUAAAGGUGCACCAGCAAAUAAAUUAGUGUUAGGUUUGCCUAUGUAUGGAAGAACUUUUAUGUUGAUAAAUAAAUUAAAUUCAUCUCAAGAAAGUCCUAUUAAUCAAGCAUCCGAAUCAGAUGGAUUUAAGGGGCCUUAUACUCGUACAAAUGGUUUUAUGGGAUAUAACGAAAUUUGUGAAGAACUAGUUAACAAAACUCAACACUGGAUAACUGGAUGGGAUAAUAUCAGUAACACACCCUAUAUGAUUAACGAGAAAUACGUGAUAAUGUUUGAUAACGUACAGAGUUUGGAAAAAAAGAUCGAAUACGCGAUGAGUUUAAAUCUAUCGGGUGUAAUGAUUUGGAGCAUCGAUACUGACGACUUCAAUGGAAAAUGCGCAUCUUUAAAUAAUUCUCUAGAUUCAUCGGAUAACACAUAUCCUUUAUUGAGAUCCAUUAACAUGAUUCUUUCUAAUAAUUAUGAAGAUGAAAAUAAUAACAACGAUAAUAAUAACAAUAACAAUAACAAGAACAACAACAACGGCAAGAACAACUCAUCUUCCACCCCAAGAUUUUCACAUAGAUUUCUUUUAAUGAUAUUAGUAUUUUUUGUACAUUAUAUUUAA